UGCUUAAUCUCUACAUUUUGCUCUUUCCUGGGUUGACAUGGCUGAGAGCAAGCGUAAGCGCACUUUUAUAUGCAUCUCUUCGUCUUCCGAAGAAGAAGUUGAAGACAGCGACAAUGAAGACGAAGAAGAAGAAGAUGAUGAUGACGACGAAGACGAUGCUGAUGAUGAUGACGAAGUCGAUGCUGACGAAGACGACGACGAGGACGACAAAGAGGAAGAAGACGACGAUGAUUGUGCGGGCGGUGACGAUGAGUCUCUAUGCAACAAAGUCGUACGCCUUCUUAAAGCAGAUGGGAGUGAUUUAGAAUCUUUAACUCUAAAAGACUGCAAAUCCUAUUUACGGAAGCAUGGCCUCAGGCUAGCAGGGACCAAGGCUGUUUGCAUACAAAGAAUUAAGGAACACUGGAGGAUGAAAGAUGGUAGCAGUGAGGCCUUUUAUCCCAGAUCAACCUUUGUCAUCAAUUGUACAGGUGAUGUCUGUAAGGGAGAUGUGGUUCUGUUCACGCAGAAAGUUUAUGAAAGGUUCAAUAAGGUGACAAGGCAUGGUAGGCCUCAAGGGAAGAGAACUGUUGCUGGGAGGGUUGUUAAGGAAAGCUAUGGUGCAGCCAAACAACAACAUACAUUUACGGUUGAGGUUCUGUGGAGCAAGGGGAGUAAUAGACUGCCUCCUCUUUUUCCUUUGCUUGUGAAGGGCCGUAACCUCUAUAAGUUGAGAACUUUCAGACAGCGCUGGAGUAAUGAAUCAGAAAGAAUGAAAGUGCUUGCUGAGAAGCACAAACGAGGUACAGCAGCAAGACUUGUAAGAGCAAUGAAGAAUACGAAAAAGACAAGGUCUACAAAUGGAGGUGUUAAGCAUCAGAAACAAUUCCAUCAUACAAGACCAUCUCAAUCAAGAAAAACCUUUUCGCCAGAAAAGGGGAAGCAUUUUGAUAGACAUGGAAAAGCGACAUUUCAAGGACACGCAAAAUCUAGAAAUCAUAAUCAACGUCAAGAGGCCCCUCCCCUGAGACAGGUGAAUAUCAGGGGAAACGCAAUCUUAGGAGCCUCCAAACCAACUAGGAGGCAUCAGAAGUUUGCUCACCACAAUGAUGAUAGAGUUCCAACUUUUCAAUCAUAUGUUGUUGAUCCUUCACAAAUUCACCAAUCUCAAAUAAAAUAUCAAAACGGGAGUCUGCCACACCAUUUGUCUAGGUAUGAUACGGGCUUUAGUUAAAACAUGAUGAGAUUGCCGCCUUUCAGGGACUCUGCUGGUACAUCUACUAUGCCUGCUUCACAACAUCGGGGGUUAAAGCAUGGUAAAAUGCCAACUCAACCCCACAUACUACUUUUUAACGGCAUUCCAGAGUCUAUAAAUGUUGAUAGAGUGCAGAGACUUAUGGACACAGGAACUAUAGAUUUCGAGGUGCUCUAUGUUUUGCUGUCAUGACAGAGAGAUGAGAUGCUUUCUGCCAAUUGCGCCCCCUGAAGUGAUGGAAAUAAGUUCUGGACCUGCAAUUUUUCAGGGGGUUACUUUAGUUCUCUCUUUAAUGUUUGAUUUUGUUGGUUACCGUGCCUGAUAUUAUGAACCUAAACCACAGUUGCAUUCAUAUGUUAAUGAUGCACACUAUUCAGGCUAGGGUGGACAUAAGGUAGCCAUCAAUAUAUUGGAGUGAAUAGUAUAGGUUGGAGGAAUGGUUGGUUCCAUAUAAGCAAAGUAAUGCUACAUGUCAUACCCAUGUCCCUCUUGUGUCCCUCUAAAAAUGAGGUGGCUUUUAAAAUCACCAUUGAACUUGUGAUUGAUUAAAAUUGAAUUUUGAUCACAUGGUGAUUUUAAAAGCCACAUCAUUUUUAGAGGGACACAAGAAGGACAUGGGUAUGACGUUUAGAAUUACUCAUAUAAGCAAGUAUGCAGUUGUCGCUUUUUCAUUUUUGUAGCUAACUGUCAUAAAUGCAGCACCAUUUUGUCGUCUAAAA